UUUUUUGAACGCAUCAAUUGUCAAAAAGUUGUCGGAAAGGAAUGGUAGAGAAGAGAGGGCGUAAAGAAUUGUUGAUUGUUACGUAGAUAGCGUGUUCUCAAAUUACUGGAAAAACGUGACAAAUAAACAAUAUUACUAUUUCGGGUUUAUUUAAGAAACCAUUUUUUAAAAAUCGUCAAAUUGCAUCGUUUGAUGAUAGUGCGAAGAGCCUGUGUGUGUUAAAGAGGUUAUAUUCAUUAACAGAAUAAAUUAACAGGUUGAUCACAAUCGAAACAUGAUAAUUGGAUGUCAUAUAUGAAUAUCAAUACCAAUAGAACAAUGAGUAUCAAUAAACAAAUAUUAUUAAAGACGAUGAAUAAAGCAGAAGAAGAAUAUGUUGAGAAAACGUUUGUCUAUAAAUUUCCGACAUGUACUACAAAUCAAGAAUAUACGCUGGAAAUUCCAUUAAAAAUACCGUAUCACGGCUCCAUAAAAGAAUUGAUGCAUCGUAUAAUGUCAUCAUUCAAACUGCCGUGUUAUGUGGAAUCAGAUUUGUUGGAGGCCCUACAACAUAACAUCAAGGAGCUUACGCUACAGUUUCAUGAUAAAAAGGCGGAGAAACUUAUCGAAGCCGCCAAAGCAGGCAAUCUGGAUUUAGAAGACAUAAUAAAGAAUUGGGAGAAAAUAUAUAAGCAGAAGACAGUAGAAUAUUCCGAUCCUAUUGGGACCACAGAUGAGGAAUUAUUUGCCGCAGCGUAUCACAGAUUAGUGCAUUCUCCGUCUUUAGAACCAAUUCUGCAGGCAGAACACAAAUUUGGACGGGAUGUUACUGAAGUAAUUCAAAUGAGGGAUACUGACUAUGAACAUCUCACGCAAAAACAAACCGACGAAAUGCGCGUUGCCGUCGAAACUCUUGAAGCAGGAUCUACCGAAAAGUCCAUAAACGACAUGGCCGGUCGUCAUUUCGAGGAGCAGAGCUUGUUGCAGGGUUAUUGGGGAUCCAAAAUUGAUGCUUUGAGAUUAGAUCAACGUCGACAGUACCGAAAUUGGAUCAUGAGGCUGCUCGAAGAACAACAGACCAGUAUGGUGUCCACGCCAAUGGGUUCGCCUAUGGUGCCGUUGCCGCCGUUACGUCCGGCUUUAGACAAAUUCGUUCAUAGCGAAGAGAAGCAGACAACAGAUUAUCCUCUGUUAGAAGAAAGCUUCACCAUACAUUUGGGAUCUCAAAUGAAACAAAUGCACAACAUACGCAUAUUGACCGGAGACGUGCUCGAUUUUUGUCGUACGAAAAAUAGCGAGUCCGGGAUGGAUCCAACGCCUCAACGAUUGCAAACAGCAUUAGGACUGUACUCGAAUGAUCUCUGUGGAUUAGUUCUCUUAAGCGAUAAUCAUUUAGGCAGUUAUUCCGGAAUAACGAAAGAAUUAUGUUCGAUAUGUCAAUUAACCACGGAAUUUCAUUUUCCAUCUAUCGACGAGCAAUUGGAAAAGAUUCGAGAAGACGUGAAGGAUGCCGUUGCAUGGAGGCAGGCGCAUUAUAGGGAAGGAAGCGAUCCCCACGCGAAAAAAUCAACCACGAGCAAGAGUCUGCAAACAGGCGACGUUUUUAUCACAAGACAUUCCAAUCUGGCGCAAGUUCACGUAGUGUUCCACAUGGUGGUCAACGAUUCUUUGAGAUCCGGCGAUAUCAACUCGAGACAUCCCGCUAUUCUGGGAUUACGAAACAUUCUGAAAACGGCGUGUUGCAACGACGUGACAACACUGACAAUACCCGUGCUGCUCGUCCAUGAAAUGUCAGAGGAUAUGACGGUCGCCUGGUGCACGAAGCGGGCCGAGCUAGUCUUCAAAUGCGUGAAAGGUUUUAUGAUUGAGAUGGCGUCCUGGGGUGGAGCCGAAUUGAAAAAUCUCCAGUUUCUCGUGCCGAAAGGAAUGUCAGAGGAGGUAUUUGGAACGUUAGCCACAAUGUUGCCCAGCAUAUUUCGGGUGUCGAACCCGUUGGUUUUCAAGGCCACCAGCACACCGCAAACCCCGAAAAAGUGAACGAUUUCCCUUUGUUAUCGCAGCAUGCGUCAGGAACGCUGUUUAUAAUUAUUACUAAGUAUGUGAUAUGCAGUCGCAAUUAUCCGUCACGGGCGCGAAAAAAGAUACGGCUCUGCAUAUGUCUGACUUUUAAUGAGCUUUUUGUUUAUAUUAUUUUCACACAAUUGAUUUCCCAUCGAAUGGAGCCGAUAUUUGC